AUGCUCGUUUUCGUGCCCGCCGCGCCCCUCCCAUCGCAGGCUGGCCCAAUCGCUUCGAUGGCCCCGCCCACGUUGGUGGAUUGGGACAGCCUGCGAUGGGAGGGGCGCGGUGGCCGAGGACAAGGUCUCGAUAACCUCCCCAGUGAGACCCAACACAUCCUCGCCGAGAUAAGACACCGCGACGUGCGCACGCACGGUGCGUCUGCUCGUCAUUUGCUCAGAUUGGGUGGGGCUAACAUCUGGGUUUUGCUGAUGCAAUCUCGGCCGUUCACCCCCUCCGUGCUUGACUGGCUGCCCGUCCCGCCCGAUCGGUUAUCCGUACUCGACCCGCCGCCGGGUGGCAUCAUCGGUAUAUCCUCAUACGGCACUCUCGAACGUUCUCAGCUACAGCAGGAGGUGCAGAAGGAGACGUCGCGGUACAUACGCCACUCGACGAAGCUGGGCGCUGGGACGACGACGCCCACGCCGCUGUCCGCGAAAGACAGCGCGCUGCCGCAGACGAUCAGUGCGCACUACGCUGAGAUCGACCAGCUCGCGGGGGAGAAGGAGGCGCUUGCGAGGAGGCUGGUCCAGCUCAUUGAGCGGGCGCGGGCGCGGCUGGACCACGACCUGAAUAAGGUGCUCGUGCUGCAGGGCGAUCUGGAUCCCGCGGCGCAGGUGGUGCUGAGCGGGGUGGCGGCGGUUGGGGGAGGCACGCGGAACGCGGCAGAGAAGAUAAACGAGAGCCUUCGGAAUGCGAUUGCGAUCCCGGAGGCGCCAAUUGUGUCGGUUGUGAGCCCGGCACCUCCGCCUACGAAAAGUGCGUGUUGGUCGGUCUUUGUGCUGAUUGAGGAUGUGCUGACGGCUGGUGGCAAAACGAUCAUGUGGGACGCGUACCGGUGA